AUGGCAAACGAUGUGACCAAAGAUACAUCACCCAAAUCUGAAGAUGUUUUGGAGGAUAUGUACUUAUGGAGGAGGACGAAACUGGCGUUCUCAGUUCUCUCUGUCUCAACAGCGACAUGGGUUUUGAUCAAUAUAUAUGGCUUCAGUUCUAUAACCAUUGUUUCUUGGGCAGCCAUGGCCAUCGUCUCUAUGGUCUUCCUUUGGGGGACUUUACUUCGCCUUGUCAGCAAGGUUGAACCAGACUUGUCAGGGUUAGAAAUGUCGGAGGAGUUUGUAGCAGAGACGGCUAGGUCGUGUCGGAAGCUAAUGGAAGCAAUGGUUAGAUGGAUGUUUCGGGUCGGUGCUGAGAGUGAAUGGUUUGUGUUCGCCAGAACCAUUUUAGGGUUUUGGAUUUUGUCAAAGAUAGGGAACCUCCUCGACUUCCAUACUUUUCUUCUCAUCGGCUUAGUGAUCAGCUUGAUAGUUCCGAAGUUGUGGGAGAAGAAUGGAGAUCGAAUACAAAAGUUACUGAGGAAUCUUAAAGAUAGAUCAAAUGAAGCGUACGACAACACUCGUGAGAAGAUUUGGAAGAUGAAAGAGGAGAGAGUUAAAAAAACAGAGUAA